AUGGCUCUCCUCAGCUCCACCCGGCUGCCACCAGGGCUGUUUCUGUGCUUGGCUCUGCUGCUUGCCUCUGCCACCUCUCAAAGUACCAAUGACAGAUGUCCAUUCUUCACUAACAACAACACCAUCAAUGGCCCACCCAUCAACACUAAUCCAGAAGUCUACCAACGCAACAAACUCUACACUGUAAAAGUUCCUGUGGAUUACAACGUCACUUUUGUGGUCCUGAGAGCUUUGGACAAAAUGAAUAACUUAGUAGGCAAUUGGCAAAAAACCAGCCAAGGAGUUCCGGGAUGCCAGGGCAGCGGCAAUUACAGCAAAGAGACCUUCAAGGACACAAUCCUGACGGCCAGCUGGCUCUCUCCUAACUCCUUAAACAUAACUACAGUCCAGCUACAAGCCAUCACUGUUCGUGCAAAUACAAAUGCUAUGUACGCUUCUCUGACACUGAAUGAAUCCGAGAAAACUUCCACUCCAACCUCAAAGACUCCAGAGAAAACUUCUACUCCAACUUCAAAGACUCCAGAGAAAACUUCAUCUCCAACCUCAAAGACUCCAGAGAAAACUUCAUCUCCAACCUCAAAGACUCCAGAGAAAACUUCCACUCCAACCUCAAAGACUUCAGCGAAAACUUCAUCUUCAACCUCAAAGACUCCAGCGAGAACUUCUACUCCAACCACAAGCAGAGCCAGCAUUUACCACAGCCCCAUCACUGAUGCCCUUGAGAUCUUGCUUGCCUUCCUUAUCAGCAGACUCCUCUUCUAA